AUGACUUUGAUGAAAAGCGAAGAGCAAACCACAUCGUCAACCGGCCCAACAAUCACCCCUCUUUCAUCCUACCCAGCCAUGCUCCGUCUUGACGAGGACGAGGAGAAUGCUUCGUACGGGCUUUCCUCUGAGAAAGGCCCCUCUGGCAGCUACGUUGCUGCGUACCCGGAAUCUGACGACAGAUUGGCGACGGGCAAGACCAACCAAGAGAAUCUCAGCCAUGUUGGCGCUCGCUUCAUGUCGACAACGGGAACAGGGCGGGAUGAUGCCGCUAGUCGGACAGAACUGGACAAGGAGACGAAGAAAAUCAAGGACACGUGCUUGGUUUCAGUUCGAGAUGAACUAGGCCGAAGUUUGACUUGCCGCCAUAGUGAUAGCACUUUCUGGUGCGAGCGGUGCGCCAUUAAGGUCAACAGCAAUCCAGGGUCGUCUACUCCUCGUGCAAUUCCCGAGACCAAGGUGCUCGAGAUUCAUUUAAGAAAGAAUCGGCAGUCGGAAAGGGUAGUGCUGAAGAAACCGAGGACAGUGGUGAAUUUACCAGAGAGUGUAGAGGGAGCGCCGAGUUCAACACAGAAGUAG